AUGGUGCCCGUGGGAGCGGAGACGGCCGAAGAUGCCACGAAGUCGCAGCCCGAACUGGAGGGGGAGGAGUCGCUGGGGAAGGAAGGCGUUGACCUGGAGAUGUCUCAGAGUGAUGUCUCAGAGGACCUCCAGAAGCCCGAGGAGCCGCCUCCAGUCCGACUCAUGCUGCUGGUCAUGCUCAGCAUGUUCCAGGGCUACGCGUCCAUGGUGGGACCCCUUCAGUCUGCCUACAAGCACCGGCUUGGUAUCAGUACAGAUGGCAGUGGGGCAGCACACGCCUUCACACAAGCUGCCGUCGGAGUUCACUAUGGAAAGCUUAUUGCUCGCCUGGGGCACAACGUGGUCUUCGCGUGCUUGAGCCCGUGGAGCCGGGUGGUCAUUGCCAUGGGCUUCAUGUUUGUAGGGAUCUCCGUUCCAACCGUCUUCGUCUUCACGCUGGGCUGGGACUGGGUGGGGUCCGUGUUCAUCGCCUACAUCCUCGCGGGGAUGGGAUUGGGAAUCUUUGAGGUGACUUUCUUGAGUGUCAUCACGCCCCUGGGCAAGGCCACGAAGGCUUGGGCCAUUGUCGGUGCCCCGGCGGGCUUCGCCACGAUCAACAUCCUCGGGCUCACGGCCAGCUCGUUUGGUCUGCAGAUGGUGUACAUCUAUUGGUACAUCCUGGCAUGCCUUCCCGUGGGCCUUCUCGUCUUCUGCAGCGCUGCUCCCAAGGGCAACGCCGAGCUAAAGACGGCAAACUUCGGUGCUUCCCUGUUGCAGUUUAGACAGUGGCUGCCGGGAAUGAUCCCCUUCUUCUGCGCUCAAUGCCUGAGCCAUUUUGCCAUGGAGAACUGGCCGGCGAUCUUCUACAUGUUCCACCCGCCCCUGGUCCCUCUCUUCAAUCCGAAGAGUGACCAGCAUCUGAUGAAGUGGGGCCAAUUCUUCGCCAUCACCUACGCACCUUAG